CUAAAUCUAAAUCUCUAAUGGGAAAAAAGAAGGACCUGGUUUUCUUCUUUUAUGUGCUCCUCUGCUUGUUCAAUCUUCUGACUGGAAUCCAAGGAUUUCAAAGUUCAGUUCAACAUCUACAGCAAAAUGGUCACAAACGCCUUGGCUUUUCAAAGUUGUUUGUCUUCGGAGACUCUUAUGCAGACACAGGGAAUAUUGGGAAAUCAGUUUCAAGUUCUUGGAGGCCCCCGUAUGGAAUCACUUUUCCCGGUAAACCAGCCGGCCGUUUCUCCGACGGUCGCAUCUUGACCGACUAUAUAGCAUCGUUUAUGGGAAUGAAGUCGCCAAUACCAUACAAAGGGAGGAAGAUAGGGAUAAAGGCAGCGAGAUACGGGAUGAAUUUCGCUUACGGAGGGACAGGUGUGUUCACGACGCUGACCUCCGAACCAAACAUGACCACCCAGAUCCUCUACUUCCAACGCGUCGUCCACGAUGACCGCCUCUACACCUACGCUGACAUCGCCUCCUCUCUUGCUCUCGUUAGCCUCGCUGGCAAUGACUAUGGUGCUUAUUAUGCCCGUGGUGGCUCUUCUCAGGGUCUGCCGGCUUUCAUCGCAACGGUGGUUAAUCAACUGGCCUUGAACUUAAAAAGUAUUCAUGACGUGGGAAUGAAAAAAAUAGCGGUUACAGCUCUGGAGCCCCUUGGAUGUCUCCCUCAAAGCACAGUGAUGUCGUCUUACCAGCAGUGCAAUGGAUCUCAGAACACGGCCGUCAAUCUCCACAACAUCCUAAUGCAACAAGCUGUCGCAAAGUUGAAUAAUGAGACCAAAGAUUCUGCUUUCCAUAUCCUUGAUCUCUAUGGUGCCUUCAUGUCCGCAUUCAAGAGACAAGGAGACCAUUCAGGAAGCAUAUUGAAGCCUUGUUGCAUGGGUUUGAGACAAGAGUUCUCGUGUGGGAGUGUGGAUAAGACGGGUGUAAAGCAGUACACAGUUUGCCAGAAUCCUGAGUCUGCAUUCUUUUGGGACGAUGUUCAUCCUUCACAGUCGGGUUGGCAUUCUGUAUAUUCAGCUUUGCAGGCUUCUCUAUACCAACUGUAUCCGUAACUAACUUCCUUCAGUUUCUGUUUCUGAACGCUAAUGACUUCGCUUCGUCAACGUCC